AUGUUGGCCACGUCGGCCGUCCGCAGUACCCCAUUGAGGGCCGCCGCACGAACCAUCGUCCGGAAGACCACAACUCGUGCUGCGUCCUCGAGCUCAAGUGAAUCCGCGUCACCUCCCUUCUGGCUCACAGCUGGUGCUUCAACGGCAACAGUAGCUGCGGUUGGCUCGGUCGCCUGGUAUUAUCAUCUGUUUGGUCAGGAUGUCUAUGCCAUGACUCCGGCGGAAGAAGGUCUACACCCGACGCAGUACCCGUGGGAGCACACAAAGUGGAUCAAGACUUUCGAUCACGCAACCCUGCGAAGAGGUUUCCAAGUGUACCGCGAAGUUUGCGCCGCCUGCCACUCCCUGAAGCGAAUCCCUUACCGGUCACUGGUCGGCACAAUGAUGACUGUCGAUGAAGCCAAAGCAAUGGCCGAGGAGAACGAAUACGAUACUGAGCCCAACGAUGAAGGCGAGAUUGAAAAACGGCCGGGGAAGCUCUCAGAUUACAUCCCAUCACCAUACAAGAACGAUGAAGCCGCUCGUGCCGCCAACAAUGGUGCUCUGCCUCCUGACCUAUCACUUAUGGUCAAGGCCCGCCAUGGUGGUUGCAACUACAUCUUCAGCUUGCUCACUGGCUAUCCCGAGGAACCUCCUGCUGGCGCUUCCGUUCAGUCUGGCUUGAACUUCAACCCUUAUUUCCCCGGUACCGGUAUCGCUAUGGCUCGUGUUCUCUACGACGGUCUGGUCGAAUACGAGGAUGGCACACCCGCAAACUCGUCGCAGAUGGCCAAGGAUGUGGUUGAAUUUUUGAACUGGGCCGCCGAACCCGAGAUGGAUGAUCGCAAGAAGAUGGGAAUCAAGGUGUUGAUUAUCGGUACGGCUCUGCUGGCCUUGAGCGGUUGGGUUAAGAGAUACAAGUGGGCGCCUAUCAAGACGAGGAAGAUCGUGUACAAUCCUCCUUCCCAAAAGCCCGGCUUCAGACAAGGUUGGUAA